AGUAGUUAUUGUGACUUUUUUAGGUGAAAAUCAAAAUAACUCAAAUAUGACAUUUGUCUUUGUGGUGAAUAGACACAUUCCUGGAAAUUGAUAAUCAGAUGCCAUUGUUGUUUUUUGAAGCAAUUUUUUUUUAAUUCAAUCAGCAAUAAAGAUGAUGAAGAGGAAAGUUGAAAAUGAUGAUACAGACAUACAACCUACAAAGUUAGUACGUAUUGAACCCGAACAAUUAAAAGAAGACAGCAGCACUAAUGAAUAUCAUUCAGAAGAAGGUGAAAAAGAGUGUGGAAGUGCUCCAAUUAAUAGCCACAGUCGUGUCGUUGCAUCGCAUUACAAUGAGUUGAAGGAGACUAAUCGUCAUGAACGUUUAUCGUCGCGCAUUGUGCACUUACGAAACUUUAAUAAUUGGAUAAAAACGCAAUUAAUUAAUGAGUAUAUGGCAAAAAUCAAAUCAGUUUCGCGCAUUGGCGAUCCCAUGCGUGUGCUAGAUAUGUGUUGCGGCAAAGGUGGGGAUCUUUUAAAAUGGGAAAAAGCAUUAAUCAGUCAUUUAAUAUGCACAGACAUUGCUGAGGUUUCUGUUGAUCAAUGUAAAAAUCGUUAUCAGCAAUUACUAGAUCGCGCUAAACAUUCAAAGUACGUUCACACUUUCACUGCUGAAUUUUUUUCCUGUGAUUCAACUUUAGUGCGACUACGUGAGCGAUAUAUGGAUAAAUCUUUAAAAUUAAAUCUGGUAUCAUGUCAGUUCGCAUUUCAUUAUUCGUUUGAAUCGUUAUCACAAGCGGAUUGCAUGGUGCGCAAUGCUGCUGAAUGUCUACAGCCAGGAGGCUAUUUUAUUGCCACAAUGCCAGAUGCAAAUGAAAUAAUGCGUCGUCUAAAAGAAUCGGAUAACAGUCGCAGUUUUGGUAAUGAAGUUUACAAAAUUGACUUUGUAUGUGACACAAAUCCGCCGCCACUAUUUGGUGCAAAAUAUCAAUUUCAUUUGGAGAAUGUUGUUGACUGUCCUGAAUUCUUGGUUCACUUUCCAACAUUAACAGAGUUAUGUCGAAAGCAUGGAUUGAAAUUGGAGCGCAAAGUUCCUUUCGCAGAUUACUACAAAGAAUGCAUAGACAAAGGUCGUACGUUACUACAACGAAUGGGUGGCUUUGAGACUGUGUAUCCAAAUCGAUGUAAUAGCACAGAGUAUGCACACGUUCGCGCUCAAGUCAAAGGUAAUGUUGGGCGACCAUAUGGUACACUUUCGAAGUCUGAAUGGGAAGCUACAACGCUUUAUUUAGUUUGUGCCUUCAAAAAAUGUAAGAAUACUUGGGACUCCGAGGGAAAGCCAGUAUUCGAAUUUGACUAAACUGACGGAGUUAAUAACUAAUUUUAAUAACUAAAUUUUUUAGCUUAAAAAACAUUUUGGAUAGCGGUUUUAAUUAAGAUUUGUUUGUGCACGUACUGACUUCUAAUUAUAUUAAAACAAUUUAUAUAACUUGAUAAUAUACAACACAUUUACUUUGUAUUAAAAUCGAUAACUUACAUAAACAACAUGGUUAAUGUGAAGCAUGUAUACCGGCAAAUCCG